AUGAAAGGCCUUUUCAUUGUCCUUUUAAUCAUGUUUGUUGCUACACCUACCUUGUGUGCUAGAGUAACACCUAAUGCAGGAUCUAGAGUCUUCAAUAUUUUUAGCUAUGGUGCAAAAGGGGAUGGUCAAACUGAUGAUUCACAAGCAUUUGAGAAAGCAUGGGGAGAUGUGUGUAAUGCAACUCAAGGCACCACAACGCUUCUCAUACCUAAAGGGAAAUCAUUCAUGUUACGACCUGUGUCGUUCGAGGGUCCUUGCAAACCUGCCGCUAUUAACAUUCAGUUUGAGGGCACUAUCAUUGCCCCAAAAAGUGUUGAAGCUUGGAAAUGGCCAGAAAAUAAUAAUAGAGAAUCAUGGUUACGAUUCUGGCGGAUAAAUGGUCUUGUUAUCAAGGGAGGAGGCACAUUUGAUGGCCAAGGUUCUGCGUGGUGGAACAAGCACUCCGACAGGCCUAUAGCACUUCAAUUCCUUAAUUGUGAGAAUCUAGCUCUUAAAACGUUGAACCUAGUCAACAGUACAAGAAGCCAUAUAACUAUAGCUUCAUGCAAAGACUCUAUCAUCACUGACAUUUAUAUUUCUGCUCCGGAUGAUAGUCCUAACACAGACGGGAUUAAUAUCUCAGGAUCAUCUAAUAUUCUCAUUCAAGAUUCAAAGAUUGAAAGUGGGGAUGAUUGCAUUGCCAUUAAUCAUGGUUCUACCUUUAUCAACGUAACCGGUGUUAUGUGUGGUCCUGGCCAUGGAAUUAGUGUUGGAAGCCUUGGAAAAAAUGGAGCGUAUAAUACCGUAGAAGAUAUCUAUGUGAGAAAUUGCACUUUUCAAGGAACUAUGAAUGGAGCCCGAAUUAAGACAUGGAUGGGAGGAUCUGGGUAUGCAAGGAAGAUAAGAUUUGAAGAUAUUAUACUCAUUGGAGUAAAGAAUCCUGUGAUCAUUGACCAGCAAUAUGACGCUUUAAUAUAUAAUGGUCUAAGCACGGCGGUAAAAGUGAGUGAUGUUACUUACAGUAAUGUGAGGGGAACCUCAGCUUCUGAGAAUGCAAUCAUAUUGAGUUGCGACGCUAGCGUUGGUUGCACGGACAUUGUAUUAAAUAAUAUUGACAUAACCUUAGCAGCUGGAGGAAAAACAUCUGCAUUGUGUAGCAACGCUCAUGGGACAGCCUCUUCUUUUAAUCCAACUGUCUCAUGUCUUUCUUGAGUUGAGACUAGCUAGCCAUUGUUUUCAUGUUGCUAACUAGUAGGAUCUAGCGCACUUUGAUCCAAUUCACUGUUUUUUAACAUUCAAAAAGUG